AUGAAGAAAAAUAAACCCAUUCUGUACGAUCCGCAAAUAAUAAAUCGUGUCAAGCAGUAUUUGGAGGAAAAUGUCGAUAAGACCUAUUUGGAUGUAACAAUAAUGACGAAACAUUUACAAGAGCGUUAUCCGGAAUAUGCUCGUCGUAAAAUGGCACCAUUUCGGGCAUUGGUGGAACAAGCAUACCAUGUGGUAUCACAGAGCUAUGGUCUCGAUGAUCAAGUUUCAAGUGGUGAUGAAUCUGAUGCUUCCGAUUUGGAAGUUAUGGAUGACUCGUCAAAUAAUUUAAUGAGCAACAUGAUGAGUGAUUUGUACAGCAAAUCAAAGCCACCAUCAACUUCAACUGCCACAGCUCCACCAGCAAAUAAAGCAUCUGCUGAAGCAAUCGACAUCAGUAGCGAUGAAAGCGGAGAUGAAACUAAUUCAUCAAAACCCAAUGGCAAAAGUUUGCCCAAAGGUGUCAGUGGUCUGCCGAUAUCAAAGAAUGCAGCCAUAACAGUUACCAAAAUCCAAGUUCCCACAUCAUCCGUACAGGAGCCAUCAUCCAAAGGUUCCUCUUCAAACGCAUCAAAUGCUACAGAUUCCAAUUCAUUACCCCCUCUGCAACAGCAUCCCGGUCAGAAACGUCACGAGACUGCUAGUGGAUCGAGUCCAGCUGCCCCAGGACAACCAUCUAAAAAACGUAAGUUGGAUGAAACUAUGAAUAACGACUCAUCAAUGUAUACGAAAAAUCGUCAAAUGACAAAUCAAUUCAACAAACUAGAGAAAAGCGAUAGCGUCAACAAUGCCUAUAUAAUGCAGCAAUUGCAACGCCACACUAAUCAAAUGCGGCAGCAGCAAGCUACAUCAAAUCGUGGCAAUAGUAAUGACUCAGAUCGGCCAUUUAAUCCCAACACUGGUGGCGGUGGCAGCAGUAGUGGCGGAGGUGGUUCUCGUUCCCGUAAAUAUAAAAAGGAAGUUCAGCUGCGUAAAUCCCGGGAGACAUUUCAAGAUAUUGGUGGUAUGGAAAAGACCCUUAAGGAAUUGUGUGAACUCCUUAUGCACAUUAAAUCACCUGAUAUAUACUUUGUGUUGGGCCUAAUGCCACCCAGAGGUAUAUUGUUACAUGGACCACCUGGAUGUGGUAAAACAUUAUUGGCGCAUGCUAUUGCUGGGCAACUCAAUUUACCGCUCAUUGAAAUUCCCGCCACAGAAUUGAUUGCCGGUGUUUCGGGUGAAUCUGAAGAACGCAUUCGUGAUGUGUUCGAUCAAGCAGCUGCAUGUGCCCCUUGUGUUUUGUUUAUUGAUGAAAUUGAUGCAAUCUCUUCGAAUCGUUCUAUGGCUCAACGUGAUAUGGAAAGGCGCAUUGUAUCACAACUGAUCAGUAGUUUAGAUAAUUUGAAAUUAUCUGAAGGUGGUCAAUCGGUAUUGGUCAUUGGUGCAACUACACGGCCGGAUGUUUUAGAUCCCGCACUCAGACGAGUUGGUCGUUUCGAUCAUGAAAUUUCAAUUGGUAUACCGACACGAAAAGAUCGCAAAGAUAUAUUGACUAUAAUAUGCGAGGGAUUGUCGGUGGAACAAAAAUGUGAUUUUGAUAAAAUUGCUGAGUUGACACCUGGCUAUGUGGGUGCCGAUUUAUUGGCUCUCGUUUCAAGAGCAGCAACAAUUGCAGUUAAACGAAAAUGUUCUGAACAGAUGCGUGCCUUCCAGCUUAAGGCCCAGCGCAAUAUUACAAUUGUCGAUUUAGAUGAUGACAACGAGGAGACGGAUAACAACAAACCCGCUGAAGAAGGGGAAAAGAAAUCUGAAGGAAAGGAAGAAGAUGCAGCUGAUUCGUCUCCUUCUACCGAAAAAGAUCAAGACAAACCCACCGAUGAUACAGAAGAAAUGUCUGUGGAUACAACGGAAACAGAAGCCAAAAUGAAGGAAACAUCAGAUAAAAAUAUAUCGGAGGACAAAAAUAAUGUAGAGAAUGAUGUCGAAAUGACAGAUGGUACCAAGGAAAAGUCUAAUGACAAAGAAACUAAAGAUUCAUCUCCGAAUACAACAGAAAAUAAGGAGUCAAAAAUUACCACCCCGGCUGAUGCUAUUGUCGGUGACAAAAACAUAAAAUUGCCUGAGCCCACAUUAUUCGAAUUACUUAACUGGCUUGAUAAUCCACCAGAGGAUAUAACAUUUGUUUCCGAAUUUUGCAUAACCCUUAAUGACUUCUGUGAAGCUGUGAAGGUGGUGCAACCCUCAGCGAAACGUGAAGGUUUUAUUACCGUACCCGAUGUUACAUGGGACGAUGUUGGCUCACUGCAAGACAUACGUGAAGAACUUAAAUUGGCCGUUUUGGCGCCAGUUAAAUUCCCUGAAAAGUUAACACGUUUGGGCUUGUCAGCACCCUCGGGUGUGUUGUUGUGUGGUCCACCUGGUUGUGGUAAAACAUUGCUUGCCAAAGCUAUUGCCAAUGAGGCUGGUAUUAAUUUUAUAUCUGUUAAGGGACCAGAAUUAAUGAAUAUGUAUGUUGGCGAAAGUGAACGUGCUGUCAGGGCCUGCUUCCAGAGGGCAAGAAACUCUGCACCAUGUGUCAUCUUCUUCGAUGAAUUCGAUUCGUUGUGUCCCAAACGUUCUGAUGGCAACGAAGGUGGUUCCGGCACUAGAGUGGUUAACCAAUUGUUGACAGAAAUGGAUGGUGUUGAAGAUCGCCAGGGUGUUUAUAUUUUGGCUGCUACAAAUCGUCCAGAUAUUAUUGAUCCCGCUAUUUUACGUCCCGGUCGUUUGGAUACCAUACUCUAUGUUGGUCUGCCGGAAAAACAAGAUCGUUUGGAAAUAUUAAAGGCAAACACAAAGAAUGGUACAAAGCCUGUAUUGGCAGCCGAUGUUGAUUUCGAAGAACUUGCCUCAUUAACUGAUGGUUAUACUGGUGCCGAUUUAGCUGGUCUGGUACGACAGGCAUCAAUGAUGGCCCUCAAAGAAUCUUUAAAUAAUAACGAAUUAAAAUUGGAAGAUUUAUGUGUAACACGAGAACAUUUCAAUAAAGCCGUUAAAAUGCUAAGACCGUCUGUCAGUGCGCAGGAUCGCAAAGUCUAUGACAAGUUACGCUUAAAAUAUGCGGCACCCCGCGUUUCCAUAACAGACAUACAAACCACAACAGAUUAAAUAUUA